ACCUGCGUUGCCCGGCAACAGUCACGUGAUCUGUACGUGGGCGUGGGCAGGGAUUUGGACUUACACCUUUCACAGCUGUCUUUCUACUAGGACACACCUAAAGGCCGACAGCCUUUUUCGUAUUUCCAAAGGACUUUCGGAAAAAAUCGAGGUGGUCAUAAAAGUCGUCUGAUUCAAUAUGGCGGAAGGUUGUUGUGGGAAGUGCUCGAAGUUCAUGCUGUUUGUCUUCAACCUGAUAUUUUGGCUUGCCGGAAUCGGUCUGCUGGCGUUUGGCAUCUGGUUGCGACUGGACAAUGACAUCGCUAAGAUCGUGUCCCUAGACCUGCCCUGGUUCUACAACGCCACGUACGUGCUGAUGGGGGUGGGGGGCUUCACCAUGAUCAUGGGCUUCCUGGGCUGCUGCGGCGCCAUGAAGGAGAACAAGUGCAUGCUCACAACGUACACCAUUUGCCUUGGCCUUGUCUUCAUCGCGGAGAUCGCAGGCGGUGUUGUAGCCUUCGUCUAUAGGAAUAAUGUGAGUGGCUCUGAACAAAAACAACAACAAAUUGUACUUCUUCAUACUUUCGACGCUCCUUUCCAUUCCUUGUGUCACAUUGUAUUGUCAUCGCCACAAAGUGUUAACGCAGUAAUAGGUUACUAGUAUGGGGGCUAUGUCAUGUCUUUCCAAAC